GCACCGCCCCCCGUGCGUCCAGCACCGCCCCGGGGGCGGUUCUGAUGAGACCUAGCCGCUGCAAGCGAAUCGCACAGCCAGGUGGGCUGAGGGGCGGCGGUGGCCUGGGAGCCGGGGAAGUUUGGGCGACCCGUGCCAGUGCCGCGAUCCGGGGCCAGGCUCCAGCCCUGAGGACCAGGGGGCGGGCGUACCCGCUGACGGACGCCCGCGGGCCCGCUGCCAUCGUCUUGCGUCCUCCUGCCUGGAAAAGUGGUUAAGCUUUUAAAAUGUCAUCUAUCAAGCACCUAGUUUAUGCAGUUAUCCGUUUCUUACGGGAACAAAGUCAGGUGGACACUUAUACUUCAGAUGAACAAGAAAGUUUGGAAGUUGCAAUUCAGUGCUUGGAGACAGUUUUUAAAAUCAGCCCAGAAGAUACCCAUCUAGCAGUUUCACAGCCUCUGACAGAAAUGUUCACAAAUUCCUUCUGUAAGAAUGACAUUAGGCCUCUCUCAAACUCAGUGCCUGAAGAUGUGGGAAAAGCUGACCAAUUAAAAGAUGAAGGCAAUAACCACAUGAAAGAAGAAAAUUAUUCUGCUGCAGUAGAUUGUUACACACAGGCGAUAGAACUGGAUCCAAAUAAUGCGGUUUAUUAUUGCAACAGGGCUGCUGCUCAGAGUAAAUUAGGUCACUACACAGAUGCAAUAAAGGAUUGUGAAAAAGCAAUAGCAAUUGAUUCAAAGUACAGCAAGGCCUAUGGGAGAAUGGGGCUGGCCCUUACUGCCAUGAAUAAAUUUGAAGAAGCAGUUACAAGUUACCAAAAGGCACUAGAUCUUGACCCUGAAAAUGAUUCCUAUAAGUCAAAUCUGAAAAUAGCAGAACAGAAGUUAAGAGAGGCAUCCAGUCCGACAGGAACUGGAUUGAGCUUCGACAUGGCUAGUCUAAUAAAUAAUCCAGCAUUCAUUAGUAUGGCAGCAAGUUUAAUGCAGAACCCUCAAGUUCAACAGCUAAUGUCAGGAAUGAUGACAAAUGCCAUUGGGGGACCUGCUGCUGGAGUUGGGGGCCUAACUGACCUGUCCAGCCUCAUCCAAGCGGGACAGCAGUUUGCUCAGCAGAUACAGCAACAGAAUCCUGAACUUAUAGAACAGCUGAGAAAUCACAUCCGGAGCAGAUCCUUCAGCAGCAGCACUGAAGACCAUUCCUGACUUGGCCAGGGACCCCAGCCCAGAGUGCAAAUGGUUAUGGCUCUGAAGUGUUUGCUGUACAUACUGGCCAAAAACCAAAAACAAAAACCCUGAGGAAUAAAUCUGUCUAGACAGUAGGUUUAUCACUAACAGACUUGAACAUAACAUGACUUCUUUGUAAACGAAUCAUCAGUAGCCCUGUUAAGUGGCAGUACAGCACUGGACAGCGUACCAUUUUCAAAUCUUCAUCAUCGUAUUUGUACAUUAGACUUAAUAACAGUGUAUCGAUUGAACAGUAAGGCUCUUUUAUUGGUGAAUUCUCUAGCUCCAAAUUCCCUUAAGCAAACUUUUUUGAAAGGGGAGAUGACUAAGUGGAAAGGUUUCUCUGCUGGGUUAGAAGUGUACUCGCCACUGAGCAGCAUGUCUGGAGAGAAGAAAUGUUACCUAGGUUUAGCUUUGAUAAGGAUGUCAGUCACGAAUACAUAGCCUAGGGGCAGGACUGUCUUUAAUGCUACUUGUUCUGAUGGGUAACAGGGAAUCCUGGGAGCUGGUGGAAAGCAGCAUUUAGUGGAAGGGCUGUUGUUUUGAAAAGAAAAAAUAGAUGCUGUGAAUGUAUAAAAAAGUGAAGGUAGGUAGGAUGCUCAGGUUUUCUACAUAGUUCUUAACUAACCUUGCCUGCAGUUUUCUAUUGGUACCAUUAGCAUGGCCAGUUAUGCUAAGUACAUAAUAAAAUACAUUUAGGAAUCCUUAAUGGUACUGGUUAGGUCAGUUGUAUAACUA